GUAAAAUUGAAAGAAAAAGAAAGAAACAAACAGAUUAUGGGUUAUCUUUGUUGCAACUCAGUGUUCAUAUGCUUUUUUGUGCUUCUUCUAACUGGAACAAUUUCAUCUCAGCAACCUAGGUGUCCGUUCAACUAUAUAUACCACUUGGGCGAUGGCGUUGCGGACAAUGGCAACGCUAUUCGGACAUUACCUUUCGGUCCUGGCCUCCCCGCUGCACGUUUGCCUUAUGGUGAAACUUAUCCUGGUCGGCCAACCGGCCGUUGGUCCGAUGGUCGUCUGAUCAUAGAUUUUGCAGCCACAGUAUUAGGUCUCACACGGCUUAAGCCAUAUUUGGAUACCAACACUUCUUCAAACGACGGUGUCAUCUUUGCCGUGGCCGGAAGCCCAGUUCUUGACAGGUUCUUUUAUUUGAACAAGGGAGUUACAAUUCCGAACUAUGCUGCUCCUCUUAACCUGCAACAUAAUUGGUUCAGAAGAUACCUUAUGAAUUUCGUCUGUUCGACACCAACAGAAUGUGCUGGUAGGCUGGGAGACUCUCUUUUGUUGUUUGGAGACAUUGAAGGCAAUGAUAUCCACUACCCUUUGCUCCAAGGAAAAUCUAUUCAAGAUAUCCAAACUAAUUACGUACCAUUCGUCACUCAAACCACCAUCAAUACUACAAGAGAGUUGAUCAGGGCAGGGGCGAAACGAGUAAUAGUUCCGGGAAACGUUCCCCUUGGAUGUUACCCUUACAUUCUAAGUGAGUUUCCAAGCAAUGAUCCGACAGCGUACGAUGAUCUUGGGUGUUUGAAGAGUGUGAACAAUCUUGUUUUGUUCAAAAACAAUCAUCUUCGGACAUCUUUGGACUCCCUCAAACUAGAAUUCCCUAAUGUCACCAUCCUCUUCGCCGAUUACUUCACCACUGUUAAAACAGUUCUUCGGACUUCACUUCCUAGUUUUGUUAACAAUACAUUAUUGAAGACUUGUUGCGGAAUCGGAGGUACUUAUAAUUACAACAGAAGACGGUUUUGUGGAUCCUUGGGGGUGCCGGUUUGCUCUGAUCCAAGUAAAUAUAUACAUUGGGAUGGAAUACAUUUGACCCAAGAGACCAACUCUCGGAUCUCACAGAUUCUUGUUCAGCAACUCCUUCCAGCUCUCAGUUGCUCCUAAUUCCACAUUAAUUAUUUAUAUUUGAGUAUGAUUAAAAGGUUAUUAAAAUAAAAUCAUAAAGAUUUACCACAUAUGUAAAAUAAAAAUCCCAUUUCAUAUGGUGUGACAAUAAUGUAUAAUG